GUGGCCAGGCGGAUAACCUGGGCAGGAGGGCGAGACAAGUCCUCGGUCCCACCCCGCGCGUCCCUCUGACAGCUGCCCACUGCCGGCCGGGUGCGGGCCAUCUGCGGUCUGCGGCGAGGAAGCGACCCGCGCCUGCGGUUUAGAUGGGUUUCCUUUGAUUUCUCUCUGAGAGUAAGUUGUUCGGGGGAGGUGGCUGGGUACUGGGAGACGGUGCCUGCGCACUGGGUGACGGCUCUGCCGCGCCAGCCGGGACAGCAGCUCCGUGGCGGAUCGUAGCCUCCACCGGUGCGCCUUCGGUCAGCGGAGCCACGAACUGGCCGGGAGAGGUCGAGAUUUCGCUGACCCUAAGCGGCCCUGCGCCCCGGUUAGCCUCUCGCCUCUGUUUCGCGUGCGUGGACCUGCCGCCAGCGCCCCCGGAGCAGCGGGAGAGAAGCCGGGGCUCCCCUCGGACAGCGCCUUCAAUGAGUACUGGUGCAAGCUGCAGCGACUCUGAAACGGAGGGAGGUCCAGCGAUGGGCUCUGCCGCGAGGCGGCGGCUCUCCCUACCCCUGAGCUGCGCGCUGCUCCUCGGGCUGGUGGGCGCGGACCUUGAAUUCCAGAAGGCGGUGCUGGCCGGCGUCAGCCCCGGGAUGGCAGAGGACGUGGACCCCCAGUGCUGGACCGCGUGCUCGCUGACGCUGAUCGAGCUCAAGGAACUCAAGAUAGAGCGCAGCGUGGAUGCCUUCUGGAAUUUCAUGUUGUUCCUGCAGAAAUCCCCGCGGCCCGCACAUUACAGCGUCUUCUUAAACAUAGCUCAGGACUUCUGGGACAUGUACAUAGACUGCCUGCUUUCCAGGUCCCAUGGGAUGGGCAGAAGACAGGUGACGCCUCCCAAGUAUAAUUUUCCAGAGAAAGUAACAGGAGGUAAUUUAAAUGUGUACUUAAGAGGAUAGUUUUAAUCACAAUUCAAUAUUUAAUCCUUUGGAUUUUUUCAAGUUUAUUCAACAUGACAGCAAAUUUCCCUACGUGAUAGGCUUUUUAUUUUUAUUGGUUUUAUAUAAUUUGGAAACCAUGGGAGUACUGAUGUAUAAACACUUGACCCUAAAUGGUCUUGGAAUAUAACACAUUUUGGUAAUCACAAAAGUUAAUGUAUUGUUUUCCCAAGAAUAGUUAGUUGGAAAGCACUUUAACCCUGUAGUUACUCAUAAUUGUUGAAGAAUGUUUAAACAUCAUGUACUUAGGCUUCAGAAAUGAUUUUUUGAUAGUGGUAGAAAAGGGUGGAAUCUUGAGUCAUAGUAGAGUAAAUAUGAACGACUUCUCUCUAAUCUACAGGACUGAGUUUUAUAAAACACGAGGUUUUAAAGAAAAGUUUAAGAGGAAAAACACAGAGGAUACCUCAGGCAAGAUAAUAUUAUCUGGAGGCUUAACCGUCAGUGUUUAUGAGGUCAGAUAUCUCCUGCAGCAGUUACCAGAAUAGAUUGUUAUUUGUAGUUCUUUACUAUUGGUCAAAGUUGUAUUUUUGUUGAUGUGUAAUUGCUUUACUAUUACUGUUCCACCUUUUCAGGUUAUUUGUUAACAAUUUUUAUUUACUUUGCAGAGUGUCUUUGUUUUAAAGAGAACACCACUUACAGUGGACAUGUGAUGUAUUUUUACCACAGUAGUCAAUUGAGCAGCAUUGUAACUUAUUUUUAUAAGGUACCUUAUUCCCUCAAUAUUGAUCAUAGAAACUGUGCCAACUCUAAUGCCAGUAUUAUCUGAAAAAUACUGAAUCUUGAUGUAGUAUACUGUGUAGGUACUGAAACGUGCAUUUCAUCACCAGGCCAUCUUAUAUAUUAAAGUAUUUUUCUAUGCAUUAAGAACUAAAAAUUUUGUGUUCUCAUUUUCAUUGUCUUAAUUUGGACAAUAAAACAGCAAA